GAGUGCUGUUUUAAAUAGCGGGAGAGUGAGCUCAGGUGGCGACAUCGCCGCAAGGACACCUGUUGAGAACAUCUACUUCUCAGCGCAGCAUUAGCUUCUGGAACAGCUUGUUCAAGGAGAACCACAUAAAUCUUCCAAGUCACAAAAGUACAGGAAUGGACAAUAUCAGCAGACUGAUGUUCGCAGUUGUCAUGGCAAUGGCGUACAUGGCGAUGGGAGCCGAGGCACAGAACACCACAAUGGCUCCGAACUCCAAUGCUACUAUGGCCAACGUAACAAUGACACCCAACGUAACAAUGACAUCCAGCGUAACAACGACAUCCAGCGUAACAACGGCACCUGUCACAGCUCUCACGGUAAAUAUCUCAAGGGCGGACUGUAGAACGACUCAGCUCUGUGCUGCUCAGCCGGAAAACUGUGAUCCGGCCGUGGCUGGUUCCUGUUUCUUCGUCUCCAUCAUGAAGUCCUCGGUACAGACUUUCUCCUUCCAGCUACGAGGAGUGUCCAGUGGCUACAUCGCUGUAGGCUUGUCCAAAACUUCCACACGGGGUCAGAACGACACUACCUAUGUGUGCGCAAACAACAACAGAAAGGUGAAGUUCUUCACCGCUCUCCUCGACAAAGGAGUUCUGACCAUCAACAACAAGCUGCCGCCUGUGGACUCUGUGAAGGGCUCAGUCAACGGUCAGACCAUCCAGUGCACCUUCUCUGCUACUGUCCCCAACGCUACGGCCACCCGGAACAUCGACACCAGCUACUACCUCUCCAUCUCCAACGGGACUUUUAAUAGUGAAACAGAUACCCUAGAUUCUCCUCAGGCUAUUCUGAACAGUGAUAAAGCUGUGGACCUGACCGAACCCAUCACUACUGUGUUAAACUCUUUAAACUCUGCUCCCUCCGCCUUCUGCCUGUCUCAAGCUCUUCUGAUCCUGAUAGGUGUACUAGGUAUGAUGAUGCUGUAAUGCAGGUCUGAAGGAGAAGCACCAUGCAGUCAGGAAUCCUGUCUCCUUCUCUUUACUCAACUUGGCCAGGCUGCGUCCCUAAAUGACACCCUCUCCUUAAAUAUAGGUCUAUUUUCACUAUGUAGGGAAUAUGGUGCCAUUUUGGAGUCACUCUGGUACCUGAACAAAGGACUAUGUCAGAUCUGAAGUUAUAUGCAUAUAGAUCCAAUCAUGUUUUUCCACAUACUUAAUGAAACACCUUCUAGUUGGGGGUAGUAAGACAUUAACCAACAGAAUGGACCCAGUGAUACAAGUGAUACAAUGAUGAUACAAGGCCAAGUACUAACAUAUUGUGUUGAAAGUACUAACAUAUUGUGUUGAUAGACAAUGGUGAUACAAGGCCAAGUACUAACAUAUUGUGUUGAAAGUACUAACAUAUUGUGUUGAUAGACAAUGGUGAUACAAGGCCAAGUACUAACAUAUUGUGUUGAUAGAAAAUGGUGAUACAAGGCCAAGUACUAACAUAUUGUCUUGAUAGACAAUGGCUUAGAAAUAUAUAUAAAAACAUUCAACCUCAUAUUCAUCAUCUCCAGCAUCAGUCCAACAUCACCACUUACCUUCUAUCUGAAAACAACACAUCCUCCAUAUUCGUAUACCACCAUGUCAUCCCCUUUAUGUAACACAUCUAUUUGUGCAUAUGUUUAUGCUAUUUUAUCUCACGUUAUGAAGGAAGAUUUAUGUUUGUCUGUGUUUCUUGGUGGAUGUUUGUGAGUGCGAGUGUAUCAAAUCAAAUCAAAUCAAAUCUGUAUAUGUAUGUGUAUGUGUAUAAAUGUUUGUGUUCGCACACUUAACCCCCACUGGGCACAGACGUCAAUUCCACUUUGGUUCAACAUCAUUUCAUUUAAUUGAAAUGACGUGGGAACAUGGAUUCAACCCGUGUGUGCCCAGUGGGCCAUAGAUGAAGUCACAAGGGCUACGUUUAGACAGGCAGACUAUUUCUGAUCUCUUUUUAUCAGAUCUUUUUUCAGAGCUUAUCUGAUUGGUCAAAAGACAAAUGAGUGGAAAAUAACCACAGAAUUGGGCUGCCUGUCUAAACGCAGCAAAGGUGGCAGAAAUGGGAAUUUGUGGGUUAAUACUGUGUGUAUAUACUGUGUGUGUGUGUGAAGGCGUGCAUAAUGAUGAAGCCACUGGAUGGUGAACCUUUCUGAUUACCUUUUUAAAGUAUAUACAAUCAUGGAAAUAUUUUAUCAGACCAUUUUUAAAAUAAAAACUGUUAUUUACAAUAAAUAUAUGUUUGACUAUC